AUGGUUAGGCUCAUCUUGCAUCUCCCAAAGUCUAACAAGGGCAUGAAGGAUGACUACCUGAUCACCUCUAAUGAAUGGCAUGAUGGUCUUCACUACCCAACCUGGGAGGGAGAGCCAGAUAGGAUAAAAGAUACGUGGCCCCCACAUCAACUUCGUCAACGUCGCAAACCUGAACAAAGUACUAAGGCCGUCCAGGAGGUAUUCAUGGCUGAGGAGUGGGUGAAAAACGCCCGCAACAAAACCAAGGUCGUGGACUUGAAGGCAGAACUUGGGAAGGCCAAGGAGGCUGCUCGAACGGCCAAGGAAGCGGCGAAGGCCUCGGAGCAAGCAUCCUAUUAUCUCAAGGUGCAAGAGACCAAGGUCCGUCUAGUAGAGGAGUUGGCAAAGCCUUUCAUCACCCAGGCCUUUCUUCCUCUUGCUGAUGUCCCCAAAGGGCCUAGCAAGGCUAGUGACCAAGGCCAAGGGGCUAAGGUGGCUAAGGGUAAGGGGGCUGGUCAAGGUGGUUCUCGGCUAGAGAAUAAGGGCAAGGGCAAGGAGGUCAAGCCCCUGCCAGAGGCCAAGGGUUCAGAGGCUACCCUUAAGCUCAAGGAUGCCGCUUCCAAGGCCAAGGAUGCUGCUUCCAAGGCAAAGGAGGCUAAUCCCAAAUCCAAGGAGGCUGAUCCCAAGGCCAACAACCCUAUUGUCUCCCAGCCAGGUAGCAAGGAUGACCCUUCCCCAGCCAAGGCAUAG